UUUUUUAAAUGUUGUACAUAAGUUUUUUUAUUAUUAUUCUUAUUAUUAUUGUCAAUAGAUGACAUUCAAAACAACACUCAAAGAACAACUUUCAACAUGGACAUUCUCUCAGUAACUGGACUGUAUUUGUUUUUUUGUUUUGUUUUUUAAUUAAUGCGGGUUCGUUUCCGCUUCGGGAAUCGCUGUGACGGCGACGGUUUUGUCUGCAACUGCGAUCCGUAGGAAGGUCUGCGGGUCACGUGAUAGAGGCAGACACCAUGGCAGCUCCCAUGAUGGCCCGUUUUGGGGGGCGUGUCUGUUUGUGGUUGAGUGUUCCGUACAGGCUCUGCAGCUCCUCCCCUCGCGCAGCCCCGCCCCGCCCCCCUGUCAGGACCAGGCUCCUCCUCUUCCUGUACCACCGAUUUUACGAUGUCGAGAAUCUGGUGACCUGGAGCGCCGCACUCAAGAUGUGGAACCUGCGUCGUAAGAAUGCGUAUUAUGGCUACACUCAGCAGAUGUAUGGGGACGGAGUGGCUGCUGCAUACUACAUACUGAGCCUGAGAGGAGGGGUCCGGUUCUCCGGUCAGUCUGAUUGGAUCAGACCCAAUUCCCGCGGGAGAUUCAGCUGGGAUUUCAUGGAAUUCCGAGACGUUCCGAUUGAGGAGGUGGACGUCAGUGGAACGGAGAUCAACUACCGGGGUCUGGACAAUCUGGCCCCCCUCUCCUCUCUCCGCUCUCUCUCCCUCUCUCGCUGCCCCCAUGUUGAUGACUGGUUUCUGGCUCGGCUGCACAUAUUCAGCCAGUCCCUGGAGGAGCUGUCUGUGACGGACUGCCCUCUAGUGACCGAGAGGGGACUUGCAACUCUGCACCACCUGCAGGGGCUUCGUCGGCUCUCUAUCUCCUCUCUCCCUCGCCUCUCGAACCCAGGGCUGGUCCGGAUCCUGCUGGAGGAGGCUCUGCCAGGCUGUGAGAUCACAGGAGCAGAGUAUCACGAGGGGUUGAUCAGCGAGGGGGUGGGGGAGGUAGAGGGGCCCCCGCAACUACUGCCCAGGUGACACAAAUGAUUCAGACGUAACUACAUACAAACGGGAAAAAAGUAAUUGUAACUUAUUUAUAAAGGCUUGAAAUGUACAAUAAACUCAAUAUUUACAUUUAUAAA